AAUAAAUUUAGAGAAGACGCCGAUGUUCUAAUAUCUUUGGUAAAACAAGGAAAAAGGAGUUACAUUUACCGGUGUGGAAAAGACAUUUUAAUAAGAAUAAUAAGUGAAGAAGGUUUACAGUGCCCGGAAAAUCCAACUGUGGACGCGUUAAGGAAAUUGUUAAGUGAUUACUACCAAAAUCAAGUGCAAACUGUGCAAAGCCAACCUAAAAUUUUAAAACACAAAAUCAUGACAAACUACGAAAUAAAACCAUUUAACGGAGACAAUUGGGAGGUCUUCGAGCAACAGUUAGAAUCUUUAAUACUCUUAAAUGAUGUACCAGAAGAAAAAAAAGUGGCAUUGCUUAUUACUAAAAUAACCUCAAAUGUGUUUGAAACACUACAAAUUCUAUGUAAGACAAAAAAACCAAUAACAUUAACUUACAAAGAGUUAUGCGACACGCUAACAGAAAAAUAUAAACACACUAAGACCCCACUAUUAGACAGGGCCGAGUUUAGACGACGCAACCAACUCCCUACGGAGUCAGUGGAUGACUAUGUGUUAAAUCUCCGAAAAUUAUCUCGGAAAUGCCAAUUCAAAGAUGAAGAGGACCAGAUUAAAGAAAAACUUGUUGACGGAGUGUACUCUAAGCUAAUUAAAUUUGAAUUGAUGAAACAAAGUGCCGAGGCUAAAUUAGAAGACCUUAUAAAAUUAGCAAAAACAGUAGAGUCUGCAUAUAAGCAAGCCAAUGGAGAAGAAGAAACUAGCAAUAUUUCAUAUGUCAAACCUAAUUCCAAAAUGCCAAGACAGAGGUAUGCACCCUCAAAGAAGAAUAAUAAUAAUAACACGAAAAGUAAGUGUUUCUGCUGCGGAAAAGAUAAUCACAUGAAAAAAGAUUGUACACUGAAGACAAAGUUUUGCUCGGAAUGUGGUCAACAAGGUCAUAUAUAUAAAAUGUGCCCAAAGAAGUAUCGACAGACAAAUAUGUUGGAGGUAACAAAUGAAGAAAAAACGGAGGACCAAGGAUUGGAAGACAUAAAAAACUUAUACGAAGAAUAUCCAACUUAUACCUUUGACAGAGUAAGUAGGAUACCACCACAUUUUAUAGAGCUGACCAUAGGUCAUGGACAGAAAGUACAGUUUGAAGUGGACACUGGUUCCGAAGUGUCAGUGAUGCCUCUUAAAUUCCACAAAAAAUAUUUAAAAGAAUAUACUAUGGAAAAAUCAAAAGCCAUAUUUCGAAAUUUCGACCAAUCAGAAUCCCAGCCUCUGGGCAUUAUUUAUCAAGCUUCUGGUGCGGAUAGGGCCAGGCUGAACGCGGCUUCGGCGCCGGAAUCUGGGGCUUGGAUGCACGCCCUUCCCUCCCCGAACUUAGGCACCCUGCUCGACAAUGACUCGUUGCGGGUGGCCGUUGCUCUUCGUCUGGGCUGCGAUGUUUGUCAACCACAUCUAUGCAUCUGCGGGUCCAUGGUGGAGAGCAACGGGCACCAUGCUUUGAGCUGUUGCCGGUGCGCGGGGAGGUUCCCACGGCACCACGCCUUGAAUGACAUUGUUCGAAGGGCGCUGGUGUCAGCCAAUGUCCCGUGUGUGCUGGAGCCGCCGGGUCUUAGUCGGUCAGAUGGGAAGAGGCCGGAUGGAUUGACUCUGGUGCCGUGGGAGAAAGGUAAGUGCCUUUUGUGGGACGCCACCUGCGUCAGCACAUUCGCCGCCUCGCACCUUGGCCGCACCGUGCGGUCGGCAGGAGCAGCCGCUGAGCAGGCGGCGUCCCUAAACAGGGACAAGUACUCGGGGCUAACAAACUACUUGUUCGUUCCCCUUGCUGUGGAGACGUCUGGGUGCUGGUGCGCGGAGGCGAAAACUUUUCUCGGGGAGCUGGGGCGUCGCCUGCGGGAGAGGGGUCUCGACCCCCGCUCCGGGUCGUUCCUGAGUUCGUUCAGAGAUAACAAAUUCACCCUGUAUAAGGAGUAUGAAAAGAGAGGUUUCCUUGCAUUACAAGUUAAGGAUAUAUGA